AUGGACAAGAUUCCUGAUGGGAUGGAGCAGCUCAUCAAGGCGGCAGCUGACGGGCGAAUAAAUGCUGAUAGUGAGAACAUUGUCCCAGCCAAGAUUGAGGAUAUGCCUAGGGCUUGGAUAGAUGUUUACAAUGGUGGAAACAAGGGAAGGUCUAUUACGAAGCUCAUCUAG